UUUAGAUUCUAGAAAAUGUCAAGAAAAGCAAGUCUCUUUAAGAGAAUCAAACCUGAAUUCAAGAGAAGAAAAAGCACGAGAAAGAAGAACACCGAGCAAUCUGGAUAUGUUAUUAACGCCAUGACCAAGACAUUUAACCAUGAUGUAGAUUUUCUAGAUAAAUAAAACUGGCAAGGUGAGGUUCUCAAAACUCAAAUAUGAUAAGCAAGACUUAUUUGAAAAUACUCCCAUCUUCCCAUACCCACCGCUCAAUUUCAAGGAAGAAAAGAAGAUCGGUUGGGGAAAUAUUACAAGGAAGGUGAUGUCACCUUUUGCAGAAUUUCGUAAAAUCAAGAUUUAUAAUCAGCAAUCUCCUUUACAAAGAAAAAUGAAGGAUCGUAAAUAACCUUCCCUUCUAUUUCACUAAAAAGAAUAAUAAAAGGAAGAAGAAAACUAAGCAGCAAAAUCCAAAGAUUAAAUAUAAUUUUAAUCAAGCUCUUCAGCAAAUAAUUAGCAAUAGUUCUCUAUACUCAGAUAACUCUGCGAACAAAAGGUCAAGAGGGAAUGCAUCAAGGUCUUCUAUGCGCUCAAGGAAUUCAGAUAGGAGUGCUACAGAUGGGAAUAAAGUUUCUGAAAAUACCUCACAAGAGAAAACUUCAUUCAAGUCCAGGUUCCUCUCUGGAUCAAGGAUGUCAAAUAUGUCGAUAAGAUCUGUACAUAAAGUCAAUGUAAAUUUUGUCAGAGAUAGAUUGAACACCUUGAAAAUAAAUACUUCAGAUCCCAUAAAAAUUGCAGAGGUAAGAGCAAGAAUGAUCAGGUUUGGGAAUGGCCCUCUAAACGUCUUCCCUCAAGAAACAUCACACCGGGUUAGUGUUGUAACUCCAAAAGGAGAGAUCAUUGAGCAAAACUUAACAGAGGAAGUUCAGAAAGAUCUCCCAAGUGUUCAAGAAAAUACUUCAAGCCAGACAGAUAACAAGAGUCCGAAGCAUGAUAAGUUCAGCCAGAAGCUUCGCUCAAUCUUCUCAAAUAGGAGUCAAAUCAAAUAAAAUCACUAAAGCAAACAAAUUUCAAAUAAUGAGGAAUAUCACAAUGAAACUUUCACAAGUCAAACCAAGAGGCUUUAAGCAAUGUAGCUGUGAAGAUGAUGUGCUUUGUAGAAGUUGAAGAGUUCGAUCAAAUCUUCAUUCUAGAGCUGAAUCACCUGCAAUACCUAUCCCAAAAUCUAGGCUAGGAAGGCCUAAAUAAGAUUAAAGAGACAGAUCUGAUAACUCCUCUUAGAAUAGAACACUCAAGAAUCAAACAAAAGGCAUUAGAGUUAUUGAAUAACUCAAGUCGUAUAAACAACACCCAAUUCAGCCGUAACUACUCCACCAUCGCGCGUAUACAAGACCUAAAUCAUCUCAAUCGUACUCAUAACAUCCAAAACUCCUCAAAAUCACCCACUCCAAUUUUCAGAACAUGACUUCAUCCUAAGUUCCACGAGAAACUUAAAUUUUAGUGAAACUAAAAAUUCCAAAUUUUGUUCUAAUAUUAUAUAA